AGAGCGAACAAGGCUCCUUCCAAUUCACAACUCUGGGAAGACGCAUGAAGAACUUCUUGCUUCAACAGUGAUUGAACGGAACUCUUCUGCUCGCCUCCCGCGCAAUAUAACAUUCCGGAUUGAUAACGUAAUAACUACGUGAACUGUCUUAGUAAAAUAAUCUAAGAAUCUCUAGAUUUGUACCGUUAAUUUUGAUAUAAAGUGAAAAUGGAGUCUCAGGUCCGCCAGAACUAUCACCACGAUUGCGAAGUUGCAAUCAACCGGAUGAUCAACAUGGAGAUGUUUGCCUCUUAUACUUACACUUCAAUGGCUUUCUAUUUCUCCCGUGACGAUGUGGCUCUGCCUGGCUUCGCGCAUUUCUUCAAGGAGAACAGCGACGAGGAGCGGGAGCACGCCGACAAGCAACUCUCCUUCCAGAUCAAGAGAGGUGGACGCAUUUUACUCCAGGACAUCAAGAAACCAGAACGUGAUGAGUGGGGCAAUGGGCUGGAGGCCAUGCAGUGUGCUCUGCAGUUGGAGAAGAAUGUGAACCAGGCCCUGCUGGACCUGCACAAGAUUGCCUCUGACAAGGUUGACCCCCAUGUAAGUAAUAUCAUUACAUAGAAUACAGGUACUGUC